GACUUUGUUGUUUUCUAGGGUAUGGGAUACAACAUAAAGGUUAUCAUUGUUGGGAUCUAAUGUCACAAAAACUCUGUGUCUCUUGUCAUGUUGUUUUUUUGGGAACACACUAUGUUUACUUCUUUUUUUGAAUUCAAAGUGUCUCCUUCUCAUCAAACUCCCAUCUUCACUAAUCCACCCUUUGAGUUUUUUCCUAGUGAUGAUGUAGGGUCUACUGAUGAGCUUUCAAAUGAUCAAACUACCACGGCUCCUGUUUUAGAAGAUGUCUCCUCUGCGGAUGUUGCACCUGGAACAAAUGAGAUUGAAAAUCCACUAGAUACUUCCUCUUCUAGCCAUCCUACUCGAGUAAGAAAUCCACCUAUACGUCUUCAAGAUUACUAUUGUUUUUCUACACUUACCUCUUUACAUGAACCUCAGUGCUAUAAGGAAGCUUCUUUAGAUCCUCAAUGGCAACAAGCUAUGAAAGAGGAAUUACAAGCUUUGAAAAAGACAUGUACUUGGGAUUUGGUUAAUCUUCUUACUGAUAAGACUCUUGUUGGAUGCAAGUGGGUAUAUAAGAUUAAAACUUGUUCUGAUGGAUCAGUGAAGCGCUAUAAGGCACGUCUGGUGGCAAAGGGUUUUACACAGGAAUAUGGCGUUGAUUAUAAGGAGACCUUUACUCCUAUUGCUUGUCUUACCACAGUACGUAGUUUACUAGCUAUUGUUGUUGUAUGUAAAUUGAAGUUGUUUCAGAUGGAUGUGAAGAAUGCCUUUUUCAAUGGUGAUUUGGAAGAGGAGGUUUAUAUGGAACCGCCUCUUAGACUUACUCAUCCUCCGAAUAAGGUAUGUCGAUUACGAUUAGCCUUAUAUGGUUUAAAGCAGUCUCCUCGAGCUUGGUUUGCAAAAUUCAGUUCUACUAUAACUGAGUUUGGUUUCACAUCUAAUCCACAUGAUACUGCUUUAUUCGUCCAUAAAUCUGCUCAGGGAAUGGUUCUCUUACUUAUAUAUGUUGAUGAUAUGAUUAUCACUGGAGAUGAUGUUUUAGGGAUUGAUGAGCUUAAGUAGUUUCUCAACCACAGAUUUGAGAUGAAAGACCUUGGCUCUUUGAGUCAUUUUUAGGACUUGAAGUUACAUCCUCAGAUGAUGGCUAUCUUCUCUCUCAAGUGAAAUGUGCAUCAGAUCUCAUAUCUAAAGCUGGUAUCAUUGAUGGCAAGAUUGUCUCCACACCUCUUGAAUCAAACGUCAAGCUCACA